AUGUCUGUUCCAAAUCGGCGAACUUCUAUUAUUGUUAACCCUCCUCCACCUGAAUACAUAAAUAACAAAAGUGGUGGCUGUCAAACAAACCAACUUCAGUACUUACAGAGGGUGGUCAUGAAAGCCAUGUGGAGACACAACUUUUCCUGGCCAUUUCAUCUGCCUGUAGAUGCAGCAGCACUGAAUCUUCCUGAUUAUUACAGUAUCAUAAAGAAACCUAUGGACUUGAGCACAAUUAAAAAGCGGCUGGAACACAAUUACUACACAAAAGCUGCAGAAUGCAUUGAGGACUUUAAAACCAUGUUUUUGAACUGCUAUACAUAUAACAAGCCAGGUGAUGACAUUGUGUUUAUGGCACAAGAACUUGAAAAAGUAUUUUUGCAGAAGAUAGCACAAAUGCCACCAGAAGAAAGAAUAGUGAUCCUCAGCACAGGGAAGAGAAAAGGAAAGAAGGCAGAAGAAAUUCAGGAGCCCAACCCUGGAACUUCUAAACAAAACAUGAUUCGGGAACAAGCUGAAAGCAGUGAGCAGCCUGCAGUGAUGACUCGAGAACUCCAGCAGGUCACACUAGCUCCUCUGUCUGCAGCUCACCUGCCUGCUCUGAUGCCAGCUGCAGUGCCUAUAACAAAAGCUAAAAAAGGUGUGAAAAGGAAGGCUGACACUACAACUCCUACUACUUCAGUAUUCACAGAAAGUGAAUCUUCUGCAACAUUUAGAGGAAAAAAAGCUGUUAAAACUUGCAGAGGAGAAAAUGAAUGUACGGUACCAAGUAAGCUUCUGAAGAAGGCUUUUCCAGAUUCCCAACAGUCACGUAAAAUUUGUAAAAAGGUUCGGUUAUCAAAACAGCUAAAACACUGUAAUGAGAUACUUAAAGAAAUGUUUUCCAAGAAACAUGCAGCAUAUGCAUGGCCUUUUUUAAAACCUGUGGAUAUUGAAUCCUCCAUUGCUGAGAAACAGGGGACCACUAAAUGCCCUAUAGACCUGAGAACCAUUAAAAAGAAAAUGGAUAACUCUGAAUAUAAAGAUACACAAGAAUUUGCCACAGAUGUUAGAUUAAUGUUUAUGAGCUGCUACAAACAUAAUUCUCCAGACCAUGAAGUAGUUGCUAUGGCAAGAAAGCUUCAGGAUGUUUUUGAGAUGCAUUUUGCCAAAAUUCCUGAUGAGCCCGUUGCAAGUGUUUCUCCAUCACAGCCCACAAGAGAAAUAACAAAGACUUAUUCCAGUGAGAGCAGCAGUGAUGAAUCUUCAGUAGAAAAAUCAUCUGAGGACUCUGAAAAUGAGCAAGCAAUGCACCUGGCCAAGCUUCAGGAGCAACUUAAAGCUAUGUACCAGCAGUUGCAGGCUCUGACAAGAACAUCCUUACCUAGAUUGAGAAAGAAAAAAGGGAAGACAGAGAGAGAAAAAAAGAGGAACAAGGAAAAAGCCAAAAUAAAAAGCCUGAUCCAGAGGAAGAAAAAGCUAAAACACAAGAAGAAAUCUAAGCAAAAGCUGUCUUUAAACAUUCAAUCAAAGAAAUCCAUGCAGCACAUCUUGUUGGCACAUAAGUCAGAAGAUGAAGAUGGUGCCAAGCCUAUGAAUUAUGAUGAAAAAAGGCAGCUGAGUUUGGACAUAAAUAAACUCCCUGGAGAUAAGCUUGGAAAAGUAGUCCAUAUAAUACAGUCAAGAGAACCUUCACUGAGGAACUCUAACCCUGACGAGAUAGAAAUAGACUUUGAAACUUUAAAAGCUUCAACACUCAGAGAAUUAGAGAAGUAUGUGGCAGCUUGUUUGAAAAAGAAACCAAAAAAGCAACAUGCUAGAAAAACAACAAAAUCGAAAGAACAAAUUAAUUUUGAGAAGAAACAAGAGCUAGAGAAGAGACUACUGGAUGUCAAUGGUCAACUAAACCCAAAGAAGCAGAGCUUCAAAUUUGAAAAUAAUGCUGAGCCCUGUAUCGGACCUAGCCGCCUGAGUUACAGCAGCAACAGCAGCAGCUCCUCGGACUCCGGCAGCAGCACUAGCAGCGCUUGCAGCUCCUCAGACAGUAGCGACUCCGAAUCGGGUAUAAUCACAGCUCCACCUGCUCUGCAUGACAGUCCAGUCCAGCAAAUGCUUCAGACUACUCAAAGGACAAAUCAGCCUCUUGCCACCCCAUGCACUCACACUCUGCUAGAGGUAUCUGAUACAACUUCCCAGAUAGAUGUUACUCACUGCACUAAGCAAGCUGAGAAAACAGUAAUAAAUCCAGACAAAUCAAGUAAACUUCAAAACAACAGUGAUGACUUAUGGAUUUUGAAGCAGCAGUUCUGUCAAGAAAAAAGUCAUUCUGACACAUCUACCACUGCUAAAAACCCAUUAGAGCCAGAAUCCCAGGUUCUUCCUAAAAAGGACACAGGAAGUAAGAAUAUAGAUUCCUGGGUAAGCUUAUGUAAAACGAUGAUGCUUCCAGCUCCAAUAAAAACAUCUGCUGAGAGCUUCAAACAGUUCAGGAAAGCAGCACUAGAGAAGAGGAGUGAGCAAGCCCAGGAGUCAACAAGGGGCCACGAAGGGGCAGGAUUGGAAGCCAUGGCAGCCAAAGAGUCAGACACCCAAAAAGGAGAGUGUAAGAGCAAACAACUGCCAGAAGUUCAGCAAGACUGUCUUGCUCAAGAUCGUAACUUGGCUAGAAAAAUGGAACAAGAACGCAGGAGGAGAGAAGCAAUGACUUGUACAAUUGAUAUGAAUUUGCAGAGUGAUAUUAUGGCAACUUUUGAAGAAAAUCUUGAAUGAAAGCUGUAGUUCAUGCAGA